GGAUAUAGGAAUUGAAUCCCUGUUAUAAAAGUGUUGGCAAGAGAUUAGGAGGUGUCAUUUCGAGGCAGCCACAGAAUGGAGGCGUUCGGUGGGGCCAACAAUUGUCCUAACGGAACGGUUUGGGGUCCACAGGCCAGUUUCAGGACUGCUCAGAGAUCACUGAUAUGGAAUGUGCCAACAGACGAACUUGCCAACAUUCCAGAGCAUUGGUUCAACUAUCCAGAGCCGGAUCCCAUGUACAAUUAUGUGCUGGGACUUCUCUACGUGUUCUUCAUGUUUUUUAGCCUUAUCGGAAAUGGACUCGUCAUAUGGAUAUUCUGUUCAGCUAAGAGCCUGCGCACACCGUCGAACAUGUUCGUGGUGAACCUGGCGCUGUGUGACUUCAUGAUGAUGGUGAAGACGCCGAUUUUCAUCUACAACUCGUUUAACCUGGGCUUCGCAACGGGCCACCUCGGCUGUCAGAUCUUCGCCACCAUUGGAUCGUUUUCUGGAAUUGGCGCCAGUGCUACAAAUGCCGCCAUUGCUUAUGACCGUUACAAUGUGAUCGCCAAGCCUUUAGAUGGAAGAAUGAGCAAGGGAAAGGCUUUUCUCAUCAUACUACUGAUCUGGGCCUAUGUCACUCCGUGGUCACUGAUGCCCCUCUACGGAGUCUGGAGUAGAUUUGUGCCAGAGGGCUACCUGACCAGCUGCUCUUUCGAUUACUUGACCAAGAGCGAAAGUAUUCAGUAUUGGGUUGGGACCAUGUUCGUGAUUUGCUACUGCAUCCCGAUGUCACUUAUCAUCUAUUACUAUUCUCAAAUCGUCAGUCAUGUUGUCAACCACGAGAAGGCUCUACGGGAACAAGCGAAAAAAAUGAACGUGGACUCUCUACGCAGUAACCAGGCUCAACAGAAUCAGUCAGCAGAAGUUCGAAUCGCCAAGGUUGCAAUCACCAUCUGUUUCCUGUUUGUAGCUUCAUGGACUCCCUAUGCUGUGGUCGCAAUGAUCGGUGCUUUUGGAAAUCAAGCCCUGCUAACACCUGGACUCACAAUGAUUCCGGCCUGUACAUGCAAGGCUGUUGCCUGCAUAGAUCCAUAUGUAUAUGCUAUCAGUCAUCCACGUUACAGAGUUGAGCUGGCAAAACGACUUCCAUGGUUGGCCAUUAAGGAAGCGGCUCCAGUCUCAGAGACUCAGUCAGCUGUUACUGAGACCACAGCUUCCACUCCGGCUGAAUCAUAAAAAUUAUCAGUAUUUUGUUUUAGAUUUCAAGAUUUUUUAGAGCAGUAGCCAUCUUUCAGUUCAUUUUUGUAACCAAAUUCGAUUCUAAACAGUUCCACUUUCAUUUUUCAUUCAUUCAUUGUGUAUCACUGCUUAAAAGAAGGGGUUCACUUAAUUUACUUACUACAAGGGUUUCACUUGUUUUAGAUUUCAAGAUUUUUUAGAGCAGUAACCAUCUUCCAGUUCAUUUUUUUAACCAAAUUCGAUUCUAAACAGUUCCACUUCCAUUUUUCAUUCAGUCUUUGUGUAUCACUGCUUAAAAGAAGGGUUUCACUUAAUUUAUUUAUCCGGUUCUCUUUUUUAUCACUGCAAAAAAGCGAGUUAAACAUUUAUAUAUAUAUUUUAGAAAUUGAAAAAACAUAGUUUUAUUUUUGUCACAUCCAAAUUUAUUAGACUUUUGUAUACAGGACUGCAGUUUGGUGUUGAAACCAACACAUCUUCAACUGUAUAGUGAUUUAUUACUACACCAUUAAACUAUGUUAUUUGAGGAAUUUUUCUUGACCUGUAAUUACAUCAGAGCUGUCUUGAACAUAAUUUCAAAUAUUAUUACACAUUUUUUUGAUCCAUUCCACUCUAAUCGAAGUAAAAUAUGAUGAUAAUACUCUUAUUUAAAGAUACAGCAAUCAAAAUGUUAUAAGAUAUACGUGUAAAAAUGUCAAGUAUGAGGACAGUAAAGCCGGGUUUACACCAAAGUUAUAAACAAAAUGUUAACAAAAUACAUAUAAUCCUCAUAGUUUCUAGAUUGAACGGAACUUGACAAACACAUAUGUUCAUCAUGUGUAUGAUAAGAUAUGUUCAAUCUGAUAGAAUCUAUAAGGAUUUAGUUAUUAACAUUUUUUUAUUAACUUUGGUGUAAACGCAGCUUGACAUAAUUGACGGGAAAAAGUAAUUGCCAUUGAAUUUCAAUAUUCCAUGGUACCUACCUCAUAAUUCACGAAUGAAUCUUUGAAUAUAUUCAAUGGUACAAUGAAUAAUAUCCAGCAUCAAUUGAUCUUGUAUGGGAUUUCAGAUGUAUUUACUUCUCUCCUUACUUCUCUUUGUCUAUUCUAUUUCUAUUAUAUUCUAUUCUACAUAUAUUUCUAUUCUGUACAAUCUAUUUAGAUUCAUAUUCACUCAAUAACACUACCUAUUUUCCUCCACCAAAUUCUUCCCCUCAAGAGUAAAAUAUAUAGGCCUGCAAUAGGCCUAACAUAAGAUACAAUUUUCAAGUAUUUGGAUAAUAAAAUUGGAUUGCCAUUAAAUUUCAAUAUUCAAUGGUACCAAUCUCAAACAUAAUUUACAAAUAGAUUUUUGAAUUAGUUCAAUAAUACAAUGAAUAAAAUUAUCCCAGAAUCGAUUGAUCUUGUAUAGGAUUUCAGAUUUAUUCGUAAAUGGACCAACAAUAAUUUGAAUAUAGUCGAUUCGUGCUACUAAUAACGUACGGUAUCAUAAAAAACCUAUGCCAAUCCUCUAUGAAGUCCUCUAUGGAGGGUCAAGUGUGAGAGAGGGCCGGCUGCGCCCUAACUUCGCCCUCCUAGGUUUCUAAU